AAACGUUAGUUGUUUUUUCGCACUGUUGUUGAGCUGAACACAUUUUGGAAAAUGGAUAUCACUCUCUGUGGUUAGCGUGAGACAACUUAUAAAGCUACAAGACUUGAGUUUACGCGGGUACACUUUUUUUGACGAAACACUCGUUUUGUAGGAGAGCGAGCGACGACAAAGAGGGCAGUGUACCUUGUCGCUUCAAUCGUUUUGUGGAAACCGAAAGCAGAAUUGCCUUAGAAACAUUUACGAAUAGAAACCAUAGUAGGAGGAAUGGUACUGGCUACUAAGAGCGUGGAACAGCCGCAGUCCGGCAGGGAUUUUAUUUUGGAAGGAAAACCCAUCGACAAAGCGAUGUGUAAAGCCGGAAUUUUGUUAUGUUGUGUUAUGUUAUGUUUAUGUAAUUGGACAUCCAGCUCGAUAUUAAUAUUGCGUGAAGUUGAAGAAAAGAUUUUAUCCUUCGUCAAAACUCCAUAUCGUGGAUUCUUCGUAGAUAUUGGCCCGACCGUUGGCGACGCUGAUAAAAUAUGGACCAUCAGUAUGAAUACAGAUUCAGAAGAAGAACCUCUGGUUCUGUUACACGGAUUAGGUGCAGGAGUUGCUUUAUGGGUAUUGAAUCUAGAUUCUUUUGCUAAAUAUCGUCCCGUAUACGCAAUGGAUGUAUUGGGCUUCGGGCGUAGUUCUCGUCCUACUUUCUCUAAGGACCCACUCAUCUCUGAGAAACAGCUUGUAAAGUCAGUAGAAGAGUGGAGACGGAAAAUGAACAUUAAUAGAAUGGUAUUGUUAGGUCAUUCAAUGGGAGGAUUCAUCGCUUCAAGUUACGCACUAUCAUAUCCUGAGAGAGUCAGUCAUCUUAUAUUAGCUGAUCCUUGGGGAUUUCCAGAAAUGCCUGCUGACUUACUUACCACAAAACCCUUAUGGCAAAGAGCAUUGGUAAAUGCUAUAAAACCAUUGAAUCCACUGUGGCCAUUACGUGCGGCGGGUCCAUUUGGUCAAUGGAUGCUACAAAAAACGAGAGCGGAUAUUGCACAUAAAUUUAAAACAGCUGUAGAAGAUAAUACCAAGGUGAUUCCGCAAUAUAUUCAUCAAUGCAAUGUUCAAAAACCUUCUGGUGAGUCGGCGUUUCAUGCUAUGAUGGCUUUGUUUGGUUGGGCAAAAUAUCCGAUGGAACAUCGUUUGAAGGAUCUUAGAGUGGAUAUACCUAUAACUUUCAUAUAUGGAUCGGAGUCGUGGAUGGAUUCUUCCUCAGGUGAAACAAUUAAGGCUCAUCGUGUAGAUUCCAUAGUCGAUAUAAAAAUGGUAGACGGUGCGGGUCACCAUGUGUAUGCAGACAAAGCAGACAUUUUUAACCGCUAUGUUAAUGAGGCCUGUGAAUUAUAUAAAGCUUCUGCAACAAACAUCGACGUACGUGAUACGACGAAGUCGGAUAAAGAAGUAAAUGAUGGCACUUUACAAACUGAAACGCAACAAAUAACAGUGCAUAGAGAUCAAAAUUCAGAACAUACUCUGUCUGAUGGUCAGCACACCAUGGGGCUGCAACAGGCCUGAAACAUCAAUAGCUUACCAAAAUAUCUGUAUAUGUAUAUGUAUAGAUCUGUAUUAAUCAUUGUAUAUCAUCCCAUUAAUAUGUUAAAAAUAUGAUUUAUGCAUAAAGAAUCCUUAUUGUAAAUACAAGUAGACGCUUUAGUGAAAUGCCGACGGCAAAUCAAUACUUUUUCAGGGUAAAUAAUCGAUAUUUACUACAUAAGUAUAAUUGUAAAAAAUUUUAGUUUUAUCGAGAAUCGAUUUUAAUAAUACAUUACUUUAUAAUUUAUAAUGUUUUUGACUAGAGAAAAAAGAUUUCGUAAAUUUAAUUUAAA